AUGCGCGCGCAGAUGCGCGCGGAGAGCGGCGACACAGACGGCGAAACGCGCAUCUCCGGCGACGACGAGAUCGUGUACUUUUGCCAGGCGAUGCGCCGUCGCGGCGAACGCGUCGCGUUGCUCACCGGCGACGUCAACGCCGGCGUCGGCGCGAGGUCCUACGCGUCGCCGGACGACGUUCCGAUCGCGACGUUCGACCCCGAGACCGGCUCCGCGCCGCGGGACCUGCGCGCGCUCGCGACGGCCGUGGACGCGUUCUACGCGCGCGCGAGCGCGGCGCAGCGGGCGAUGGAGGGGACGACGACGGACGGGCGCGCGGCGGCGUCGGCGGCGGCGGCGCCGCCGCCGCCGGCGCGCGACGCGUCGUCCGCGGCCCCCGCGUUCGACGACGCGACCCCGGAGACGACGACGCUCGCGGUCCUCGACGCGCUCGACGCCGCGCUCCCGUCCGCGGUCGAGACGAUGCUCCGCGACGAGUUGGGCGACAUGUGGGCGUGCGCGGUGCGCGACGACGACGAGGACUUGGACGCGUUCGGCGCCGACGAAGCGUUCCGCGCGUUUCGAAAAAACCACGCGACGUUCAACGCCGGGAGACGCGUGCGCGAGGGGAAGGACGCGAUGGACGUGUUAGCGGCCGCGCGCAGGGCGAGAGAUCGAGGCAAGGGCGGCGGGGUCGCCGGUGCCGCCGGGUUCGGAGGGUUCGAAGGACGGAUGCGAGCGUUGGAGAUCGUGGGCGCGGCGCGGGAGGUUCUGCGCGCGUGUCCCGCGGACGUCGCGGCGGUGGCGGCGGCGGUUCGCGUCGCGGACGCCGCGCGCGCGGCGUUGACGGCGUCGAAAUUGAAAUCGUGA